AUGACUAAAAUAACGGAGAAGAUCAAGGCAGUUGAAGGGAAAUUCGUAUCAUUCGAAUUCUUCCCUCCUAAAACUGACGCUGGGUUUAAAAAUCUUUUGGCCCGUUUGAACAGAAUGAAGGAAUUAAAUCCUUUAUUCAUUACUGUUACAUGGGGAGCUGGAGGUUCAACUAAUGAGAAAUCUUUAGAGUUAGCAUCUAUUUGUCAAAAGAAUUUAGGUAUAACUACCGUCUUACAUUUAACCUGUACAAACACUAAUAAGGAAAUCAUUGAUAAUGCUUUAAGGUUGGCCAAAAAAUUCGGUAUCAGAAAUAUAUUAGCUUUAAGAGGUGAUCCACCAAGAUCUGAAGAAUAUUGGACUCCGAAUUGUGAUUUCCAAAGUUCUAUUGAUUUAAUCAAAUAUAUCAGAGGUGAAUAUGAUGAUUAUUUCUGUAUUGGUGUUGCUGGGUAUCCUGAAGGUCAUGUUGAUGGAUCAGAUACUUCAAAUCAAAAUCCGAAAAAUGAUAUUCCAUUUUUGGUGGAAAAAAUUAAAGCCGGUGGUGAUUUCAUAAUAACUCAAUUAUUUUAUGAUGUUGAUAAAUUCUUGUACUACAAUGAUUUAUUACAACAACAACCAGAAUUGAAAGAUGUUUUGUUGAUACCAGGUUUAAUGCCAAUAAAUACUUUCAAUACUUUCCAUAAAGUAUCCAAAUUAUCCCAUGCUUCAAUUCCUGAUUCCAUCAUGGCCAAAAUGGAAACUUUCAAAAGCAAUGAUGAUGAUGUCAAAGCCUAUGGUAUUGAAGUUUUGAAUAAUAUCAUCAAUGUAAUCCAUGAAAAAGCUCCUAAUGUUAAAGGUAUUCAUUUCUAUACCAUCAAUUUGGAGAGAGUUGUAGCUUCUAUCAUAGAAUCAUCACCUAUAUUGAGUAACCAACCUGUGUUUGAAUCCGAUAAUGAAGAUGUAGAAGUUGAGAGUCAUCAAUUCACCAGAAGAAAGUCAUCUGUAGAAGGCAGCGAAAGACCUAUCGUUAGUAAUUCACCAAAAGCUUUGAUCGAUAUAAGUAAAGGGAAAGGUUUAUUGGGUAAGGACGCUAAUUGGGAUGAUUUUCCAAAUGGGAGAUUCGGUGACUCUAAUUCCCCUGCGUAUGGGGAAAUCGAUGGUUAUGGUCCAAGUUUGAAACUUGACUCUCCUGAAAAAGCUAUUGAAUUCUGGGGUGAACCAAAUUCUACCUUGGAAUUAGCUCAAGUCUUCAUUAAUUACUUAUCUGAUAGAAUUCCACAAUUACCUUGGGUUGAUACUCCAUUGAGUAUUGAAACCACCAUCAUUCAAGAACAAUUAUUUGAAUUGAAUUUGAGAGGGUGGUUUUCAACUGCUUCUCAACCUGCUACUAAUGCUUGUCCUUCUAAUGACAAUGUCUUUGGAUGGGGUCCAAGUAACGGUAUCGUCUAUCAAAAAGCAUUCAUUGAACUUUUUGUUCCGAAGAAAGAUUGGGAUAAUAAAAUCAAACCUUCUUUAAAGUACGAAUUUGAUAACAAGAUCAUGACUUAUUUCAUUGGUGAUAAGAACGGAUACAUAGGAUCGAAUUUAGAUGAAAAUCAUUCCAAAACCGCUGUAACUUGGGGUGUUUUCCCUUCAAAAGAGGUUUUACAACCAACAUUGAUUGAUUUGGAUUCUUUCAAAGCUUGGAAUGAAGAAGCCUUCCUUUUAUGGUUGGAAUGGGCCAGAUGUUAUAAAAAGGCAUCAAAGAGUUAUACUUUCUUGAACUUUAUCUAUGACAACUAUUAUUUAGUAAGUUUGAUUCAUCAUGAUUUCACUCAAGAAGAAGCCAUGUGGGAAUCAUUAUUGAAUGUUGAAUAG